AUGCAUUUAUUUAAAUUUUAUAAUGUUCAUGAUUAUAAUGGUGAUAAUAAUAAGAGAUUAUUUCAUUCUCCAGUUACCGUUUACAAAGAUUAUUAUGGAAUUCUCGGAUUACAAAAAAAUGUUAAUAAAUCAGAUAUUAAAAAAGCAUAUUAUAUGCUUGCAAAAAAGAAUCACCCUGACACUAAUAAAGAUCCAACGGCAAAAGAACUGUUUGUAAUGAUUCAAGAGGCUUAUGAUGUGUUAAGUGACGAUCAAAAACGUAUACAAUAUGAUCAAUUGGGUGUAUUAUAUAAUGGAAAAAGAUCCCCGAGUAGUGGUGUUAGAUUUAACGUCGAAAAUAUUGGUGGAUUUUCCGGUGGAUAUGACGAAGAAAACUUUAAUAAUAUAUUUGGAGAAAGAUUAGCUGGUUCAAAAAUUAAUACGGGUUUUAAAUUCGGCCAGCCCUAUUCAAAAGGAGUUGAUGUCGAAGUUACUUUAGAUAUAUCUUUUUUGGAAUCGGUUAGAGGAGUUAAAAAAAUGAUCAAUGCAGCAAGGACAGUGAAUUGUAAAUCAUGUAGAGGUUUUGGUACUAAAAAUCGUAAAAGACCUGAACUAUGUAUAGUAUGUAAAGGAUCAGGUAUACGUUAUAUUUCUGUAUCGUCGGGAAUUCAUAAUCAAGAACCAUGUGCUAAUUGUAAUGGCAAAGGCACAAAAAUAUCCGAUAUAAAUAAAUGUCCAGAUUGUUCUGGUAAAGGUCAUUUAAAAGAGAAAAAACUUGUGGCUGUUAAUAUUCCAUCAGGUGUUGAGAAUGGCACAAAAAUUAAAUUAGUUGGAAAUGGUGAUGGUGUCCCACCAGGCGAUUUAUAUGUAAAAUUAGGUAUUAUUGAAGAUGAUACAUUUAAAAGACAGGGUGCAAAUAUUAUAAUAGCUAAAGAUAUAUCAUUACGUCAAGCAAUUAUGGGUGGUAAUGUUACAGUGCCUACAAUAUAUGGUGAUAUUGAAAUAAAUAUACCAGAGGGCUCCCAACCUAAUCAACAAAUAGUAAUGAAAGAAUAUGGAAUGAAAAUUGGUAAUUUCAGAGGUGAUCAACUCGUAAUAUUAAAAGUGAAAAUACCAAAAAACAUUACAGCAAAACAAAAGCAAUUACUUAGAAAACUUGUUGAGGCAGAUGAAGAAAAUUUGUGA